CCACAACAGGGGUUUUAAUUGAAAUGGCUGGGUAGCGCGUCGCGGGGACGUGUUACUUCGUUUUUUUCGCGUUUCUAUAGUGAAUUUGGCAGGGUGAAGGGAUAUUGGCCAAUUAUAAUUCCCAGCCACAUGGUUUUUUGCAUGUUCCAACGUUGCACGAUCCCCGUUUCCCAUUUUCCUACUUUUCCCAUACAAUAUUUUAUUUUCGCAUUCACCGGGUUCGGAUUCUUUCUUCUUGUUCUUUCUUUAAUUCAUAGGAAUGGACCACUGCUUACAGUGUCUUUUUCUUUCACGACCCAGCUUUGAAUGACGCUACCCAUUGUUCGACACACAAUCACAAUCACUUCUUCUAUCUACAUACUGCUAUUUCCCUAUAACCCUAAGCUGCAUACUGAGCUGAAGUACACACUGUCGCAUAACUUUCGCAUUGAGACGACUUGAAACAUCGCUUCGGCUUUUGCACAUUCUAUUAAACCUGCCUGUCGCAAUCCCAUAAAAAUGACUGGUCGAGGCGGCGGAGGCGGGCGCGGCCGUGGAGCAGGACGAGGCCGAGGAGGUCGAGGGGGUGGUAGAGGUGGUGCUGCUACUGGCGCAGGAGGAGGAGCAGGAGGCGCCGGGAAUGUACAGCCUGGCGACCCUAUUCCCUACCCUCCUCCUCGAAGAAGACGGUAUAGACCCGGAACUCUCGCAUUGAAAGAGAUCCGACGAUUGCAGAACAGUACCGACCUACUUUUACGAAAGCUGCCAUUUGCUCGAGUCGUUCGCGAAAUCGCCUUAACAAUGCGCCCGGCAGACGAAGGAAUGCGAUGGCAGUCGCAAGCCAUACUAGCACUCCAAGAAGCUUCUGAAGCUUUCCUCGUUCAUCUUUUCGAGGAUUCGAACCUAUGCGCCAUCCACGCGAAACGAGUUACCAUCAUGCAGAAGGACAUCCAACUCGCCCGACGGAUACGCGGCGUAUGGGGUGGUCUUGGAUAAGCAAGAUCACACUAUCCACUAUUACCAUUCUUCGCCCUUUUUCUACGCUUAGUAUUAUAGUUGAGGAGCAUUGUGGAAACAUUUCCUCGAGCUUAUACAAAGCUACACUUGCCUAUGUGGAGUGUAAGGGGGAACCUGUACAAAAGAGAGAGAACCGGUGACGAGGAGAGGCAUGAGAUACCAAGGCAUUUCACAGGGUCGGUAGGAAGGCAAGGGCGAGCCGGGCGUUCAGGAGUCUCAAAGGAAGACCUAUCCCAAGAAAAGAAGGUCAAAGUUAUGUGCUCGGUUUUUGACGCCGAUGAAUUAAUUGCAUGCAAUUGCGAUGCAUUCUUGCAUUAUUGAUAUAAAAUAUAAUCCUCAAUUUGCAACAUCAAGGCUUGUCUCGGAGACUAGGUGACCUGGGAGAUUUAUACUGACACUUGAGAGUAAACUGACACUUGAGGGUAAAAGGAGGAGGAAGAAAGAAGAAGAAAAGAAUGGUACUACUAAUAACUAUGCACAGCACUAUGUAAGUAAGCUU